UAUUUCAACACUCAUAUCCGUUUUAUUUCUAUUACACCUUGAAUUUACUAAAUAGUUUGUUACACUCUAGUGAGUUUGAUUUUACUCUCAAAUUAUAGUCCAUAACUAUAUAAGCAAACAUCCUGUACAUUUACAUAGGUACGUAUUUUUAAUUUCAAACGAUUGUUAUUUGUAUAUAUUGUACCUGUCAACUAACUAUAUUACUGAUACAGUAUUGUGAAAUGUAUAAAAAACUUAUAAUUAAUUAAAAAUUAGUAUGAAUUGAGCUACUUCACGUAAUAGUUAACCACACUAAAACUAAUAAGCGUGCAAAUUCAAUAUUCAUAAUUUAUUUUUGAUGAUUUUGUUUUUGUCAUACAUUCGAAAUACAUGAUUGAAAUUUCAUUCCCAUUACAUAACUUAAGAUUCUUUAUGCUUUGAUGUGUAGCUGAUAAAUUAUUGGCUAUCAGCGCCAUAAUUUUGAAACAUUUUUCUCAGUCCAGAUGGGUAUAAAUCAUGGUUAAUUUAAAAUUGACGAUUCCAAAUACAAAUAACAACACACAUGACAAUCAAUUUUUUAAGCAAACUUUUAAAUUUACAAAAACAAUUUACAAGCAGAAGCUAACACCGGAUGGAUUUUUAAUUCGAGACUGUGGUUGUGUAAUGCGAUUUCUUCCUAGCAAAGCUUAUACAUUAAAUAUGAAAAAAGAAUAUCCAACACACGUUGACAAAAAAAUGAAAAACGUUCGAAUUGCUGAGAUAAACAAAAAACAAAUAAUGAUUCAAGAUAAAAAAAUUAAUAAAAAGUCACUUAACUUUCAUCAAGCAUCAUUAUAUCAGUCAACUUUUUGGAUGGAACCAAGAGCAAUUCCAAUUAAAUAUACAUCUACAGUUGAUAUAUGUUUUGAUUCUCCAUUAAAAAUAUUUACAGAAAAAAUUGAUCUACAGAUGAAAUUAGUACCUUGUCAAUAUAUAGAACAGAAUGGUUCUAUGGCACGUUUUAAGACAUCCAUUGAAACACAAAUAUAUGGUGAAAAUAUAUUUUCAUUAGAUUCUAAGUAAAUUUUUAUUCAUAAAUUAUAAAACAACUUUUAUAUUAAUAAAUAAUAUUAUUUGAAGAAUUAGAAAAAAAUAAACAUAAACUAUUAGAUUUUAAUGCACAUAAAUAUGUAAUUAGUGUUUCUUGUUAUAAUAAUUAAAAUUACCUAUAUAAAUAAUGUAUUUUUCAAAUACAUACUAAAUUUAUCUACUUAGUAAAA